AUAACCCACCUGCUCUCACGAGAGAGUGAGAGCGUGUGUGUGUACGUGUGUGUGGCUGUUUGUCUAUAGUUUGGCUUUCGGGGAAUCCUGCAUCGUGGAGGAUGGGUACUGUGCUGAUUGGGGUCUUGGUUCUCCAGGUGCUCUCUCAUGGGUUAGGUUUGCCUACUGGGGCCCCGACCUCUGCGUGCAAGGAUAUGAUGCCACGGCAUGCAGGGGUGCAGCCCCAGCCAGCCCCAGUCCCCUACACCAUACACACCAGCAGCCGAAGCUUCCAGGCAAACCAGCCAGUCACAGUUGCUAUUAAGGGACCAGACUAUACAGGUAUUCUGCUGGAAGCUCGCAGUGGCAACAGCGCUGAUGCCCUGGGCACGUGGCAGAUCCCUCCAGCCAACACCAGAUUCCUGCAGUGUUCACAUAACCCACAAGGAGCCAUCACCCACGCCAACACUAAUGUGAAGAACAGCUCAACAACGUACACUUGGAUGCCCCCAGAUGGGGUCAGCAACAUUUAUUUCAAGGCAACAGUUGCUCAACAGCGUACAGUUUACUGGUUGAAUGUAAGAUCAGAGACGCUGGCCAGGAGUUCGAAUGGGGGUGUCCUUUUGGCUGCAGGUGGAAGCUCUGCAGUGUGGGACCAAGGAGGGCUGCUCGUCCUCAUUGCCAACAUUCUGUUAAUCCUGUUCUUCCCCAGCUAGCAACAAUUCUAGAACACCUGGCCGAAACUCCUCUCUGUCAGUCAGACGCUAUGGAACUGCUUGCUUUGACGAUUUAGAAAUAUUGAUAUGAGAGAAUAUUGAAAGUAGAAUGGAGCAAUCACUUAAAGAACAGCAUUGCUU